CCGAUGGUCUAUUUAAGGAAGAGACUGAUCAACACCUGUUUUCACUGAUCUGGAUGCUUUGACAGUUCUUUUUCCUGAUGUCACUGGCAUGCUAUUUUGCUCGCUUGUCCCUCCGGGUGUAUUGCAUUUAGGCACUGAGCUAAGCUCGAGCCAUUCACUCUUCGCUUCAGUCUCUUCAUUGUAUUUGUCCGUGGUUCUUCACUUCAUCGCAUCCCCAGUUAAAAGGAUUCUACGGAUCUGCUAGCUACUAUACUUUUCUAUAAGGUUAACCAUGGCUGAAGCAGGACGUCCCGAAGAUCACAGAGAGGACUCGGUUGGGGAUGAAUUCAAUGAAAUCAUCAAAACCAGAUCGGAUGAAAGAGAAGAUGUUCAAAAGAAAACCUUCUCAAAAUGGAUAAACUCACAGUUUGCUAAGGCUGGGAAAUCUCAGAUCGAGGACCUCUUCACUGAUCUUCGGGAUGGGAGACGGCUUCUGGAGCUCUUGGAAAGCCUAGCAGGCCAUGAACUAGCAAAAGAAAAGGGCUUCACAAGAGUUCAUGCACUCAAUAAUGUCAACCGAGCAUUGCAAGUCCUGCAGAAAAAUAACGUUGAGCUGGUAAACAUUGGAGGUGCUGACAUAGUGGAUGGAAAUCAUAAACUUACCUUGGGUUUGAUCUGGAGCAUUAUCCUCCACUGGCAGGUAAAGGAUGUAAUGAAAAACAUCAUGGCUGGUUUGCAACAGACAAACAGCGAGAAGAUCCUGCUAAGCUGGGUGCGCCAGUCAACCCAGUACUACCAGGAAGUCAAUGUUGUCAAUUUCACCAACAGCUGGUCUGAUGGCCUGGCCUUCAAUGCACUUAUCCAUAGUCACAGGCCUGAUCUCUUUGAGUGGAGCAGCGUACUGAAGUAUCAGUCAGCUACUGAAAAACUGGACCAUGCAUUCAGCACAGCCAAACAACACCUAGGCAUCGAGAAACUGCUGGAUCCUGAAGACAUUGCAACCACACACCCAGACAAAAAGUCCAUCAUUAUGUACGUCACAUCGCUCUUUCAAGUCCUGCCCCAGCAAGUAACCAUUGAAGCCAUCCGAGAAGUAGAGACUCUACCCCGGAACACGAAGCUCACUCAGGAGGAACAUUUUCAGAUCCAGCAUCAGCAACGAUAUUCUCAGCAGAUCACAGUCAGUGUUGCACAGGGCAGUGUGCGCACCCCCUCUCCUUCUCUUAAACCACGCUACAAAAGCUAUGCCUACACACAAGCUGCUUAUGUCAUGUCAUCUGACCAAGAGAGGAAGUGUUUUUCUCCCCAGCCUCAAACCCAGGAAGGCAGGGUUGUUGGCAGCCCGCUGAUGGAAGCUGAAGUUCACCUGGACAGCUACCAGAGUGCAUUGGAAGAGGUGCUAACAUGGCUGCUGUCAGCUGAGGAUGCUUUGCACACACAUGGAGAUGUCUCUAGCGAUGUGGAAGAGGUCAAGGAGCAGUUUCACACCCAUGAGGGCUUCAUGAUGGAAUUAACAUCUCACCAGGGCAGUGUGGGAAAGGUCCUCCGCGCUGGAAGCAAGUUGCUAUCAGAAGGGAAGCUGUCAGAAGAUGAAGAAAAUGAGAUCCGAGAACAGAUGAAUCUCCUGAACUCCAGAUGGGAAAAUCUCAGGGUAGCCAGCAUGGAGAGGCAAAGCAAACUACAUGAAGUUCUAAUGUUCCUGCAAUAUCAGCAACUGAAACAGCUGGAAGGUUGGCUUGUGACAACAGAAGCAAGAAUCAGCAGAAUGGAGACACAGCCUCUUGGUCCUGAUCUAGAAGAUGUAAAACACCAAGUAGAAGAACACAAACUGCUCCAAGAGGACCUGGAGGCAGAGCAAGUGAGAGUGAACUCCCUAACCCACAUGGUAGUGGUGGUAGAUGAGAGCAGUGGAGACAGUGCCACAGCUGCCUUGGAGGAGAAACUGCAGAGCUUGGGAGAAAGGUGGGCAGCCAUUUGCAAGUGGACAGAGGAGCGCUGGAUCCUUUUGCAGGAGAUUCUUCUCAAGUGGCAGCACUUCACUGAGGAGCAGUGCCUUUUUGAUGCCUGGCUGAUUGAAAAAGAAGAAGCUGUUAACAGGAUCCAAACAACCGAUUUCAAAGACCAGAAUGAAAUGGUGACCAGCCUGAGACAGUUAGCUAUCCUGAAAGGGGACUUGGAAAUGAAGAGACAGACCAUGGAUAAGUUGUGCGCACUCAGCCAGGACCUCCUGUCAGCCGUGAAAAACAAGGACGUAGCUCAAAAGCUGGAAGCUCGUCUAGAAGAUUUUGCCCAGCGCUGGGACAGCCUUGUGCAGGCCCUGGAGAAGAGCUCCACGCAGAUUUCACAGACUGUCACCACAGCUCAGCCAUCACUAACGCAGACCACAGUAAUGGAAACUGUAACUAUGGUGACCACUAGAGAGCAGGUCCUGGUUAAACAUGUUAAGGAAGAGCUCCCUCCACCCCCGUCCCAGAAGAAGAGGCAGAUUGUGGUGGACUCUGAACUUCGGAAAAGGUUUGGUGUGGAUACGACCGAGCUGCACAGUUGGAUGACCAGAUCUGAAGCCGUACUCCAAAGUCCAGAGUUUGCGAUUUCCCGAAAAGAAGGGAACCUCUCAGAUCUUCAGGAGCGAGUAAAUGCUAUUGAGAGAGAGAAGCCAGAGAAGCACAGAAAGCUGCAAGAUGCCAGUCGAUCAGCUCAGGCACUGGUGGAACAGAUGGUGAACGAGGGCCUUAAUGCUGAUGACAUCAAGCAGGCCUCGGAGCAGUUGACCAGCCGCUGGAGUGAGUUCUGUCAGCUGCUUGGAGAGAGACUGGCUUGGCUGCAGUAUCAGAACAAGAUUUUAGCCUUUUACAGCCAGCUUCAGCAGAUUGAGCAGGCUGUAGUGACUGCGGAGAACUGGCUGAGGAGCCAACAAGCACUAGCAACAGACCCUGAACCCAUCAAACUACAGCUCGAGAAAUGCAAGGAUGAGGUCGCUCGCUUGUCUGCACUGCAGCUUAAAGUUGAGAAGUUGAAAGACCAAGGGAAAGAGCUCAAGGAAAAGGAAGAAGUGCCCAUGUUUCUUGAUGCUGAUAUCACAGCGCUCACCAAUCACUAUAACCAGGUUUUGGCUGACCUUCAGGCAAGGGAAAAACAGCUAAAUACUAUUCUAGAGAGCCUGCCACCUACCCGGUAUAAGGAGACUGUGACUACCCUCUUGUUGUGGAUCCAGCAAUCAGAAACCAGACUCUCCAUUCCUCAGGUUACAGUCACUGAGUACGAAGUCAUGGAGCAGAGACUUAAGGAGUUGAAGGUCUUACAGGGCUCCCUUCAGGAACAGCAGAGUGGCCUCAACUACCUAACAUCCACCAUGGAGGAGGUGUGUCAGAAAGCCCCUGUGGAGAUCAGCAAGAAGUACAGGCUGGAGAUCGAGAACAUCCUCUGUCGCUGGAAGAAGCUGUCAGCUCAACUGGGAGAACAGGGCCAGAAACUGGAGGAGCUGAUGACCAAACUCCAGCAGUUUCAUAACGACAUAAAAACUCUGCAGAAAUGGAUGGCAGAAGUGGAUGUUUUCCUAAAUGAAGAAUGGCCUGCGCUGGGAGAUUCAGAAGCUCUUGAAAAACAAUUGGAGCAAUGCACAGCUUUGGUGAAUGACAUCCACACGAUCCAGCCCAGUCUGAAUGGUAUCAACAAAGUGGGUCAGGCUCUCAAAAGCGAGGCGGAGCCUGCCUUUGCCAGCAAGCUGCAGGAAGAGCUCACUGAACUCAAUGCUCAGUGGGAGAAUAUCUGCAAACAGGCUUUUGCUAAAAAGUCAGCCUUAAAGGGUGGAUUAGACAAGACGGUGAGUCUGAGGAAGGACCUGACUGAAAUGCAGGAGUGGAUAACACAAGCAGAAGAAGAUUACCUGGAGAGGGAUUUUGAGUACAAAACACCAGAGCAGUUGAAAAGGGCAGUGGAGGAGUUAAAGAGGGCUCGAGAGGAGGUCCAGCAGAAGGAGGUGAAGGUAAAGCUCCUCACAGAUUCGGUGAACAGUUUCAUAGCGAAGGCUCCUCCCGUCGCUCACGAGGCCUUAAGGACUGAGCUUGGCGUUCUGACAUCCAACUACCAGAGACUGUGCAGCAGACUGAAUGGGAAAUGCAAAACGUUAGAGGAGGUCUGGGCCUGCUGGUGUGAACUCCUGUCAUAUCUCGAGGCAGAGAACAGAUGGCUGGACGAGUUGGAACUUAAACUGAGAGCUACAGACAACAUCCAGGGGGGUGCAGAGGAAAUCUCAGAGGCAUUGGAUUCUCUGGAAAGCAGGUUGCGCCACCCAGAGGACAACCGUAAUCAGGUUCGAGAGCUUGCCCAGACACUGACAGAUGGAGGAAUCCUAGAUGAGCUGAUUAAUGUGAAGCUAGAGACCUUUAAUACUCGCUGGGAUGAGCUUCUGCAGCAGGCUGUAAGGAGACAACAGUCCCUUGAGCAUAGUAUCCAAUCUGCUCAGGAAACUGACAAAACAGUGCGCUUAAUCCAGGAGUCUCUAGCAACCAUUGACCGCCACCUAACAGCCUACAUUACAGAUCAGAUUGACGCAGCUCAGAUCCCAACGGAAGCACAGAAAAUCCAGUCUGAGUUGAGCAGCCAUGAAAGCAGCCUGGACGAAAUGAAAAAGAGAAAGCUUGCAAAGGAAACUUCUGAGCGAGUCAUUUCACAGAUUGACGUAACACAGAAAAAGCUACAGGAAGUCUCCAUGAAGUUGCGCUUGUUCCAGAAGCCAGUGAACUUUGAGCAACGCCUGUUGGAUUGUAAGAGGACUCUGGAUGAUGUGAAGACCCAGUUGCCAUUGUUGGAGAUGAAAAGUGUGGAGCAGGAUGUUCUGCAGUCACAGCUGGAUCAAUGCAUGAAAUUGUACAAAAAUUUGAGUGAGGUGAAGUUGGAAGUUGAGACAGUCAUAAAGACUGGACGCCAGAUUGUUCAGAAGCAGCAGACUGAAAACCCCAAAGAGCUGGAUGAGAGACUCACAGCUUUGAAAGUGCAGUACAAUGAAAUGGGUGCCCAGGUGACGGAAGGGAAGCAAGACCUGGAGAAGUGUUUGAAAUUGUCCCGGAAGCUGAGGAAAGAGGUGAAUGCUCUGACCGAAUGGCUGGCGGCGACGGAUACAGAGCUGACAAAGCGGUCUGCAGUGGAGGGGGUGCCCACUAAUUUGGACGCUGAGGUUGCAUGGGGAAAGGCUGUACAGAAAGAGACUGAGAAGCACCAUCAGCAGCUGAAGAAUAUCUCUGAUCUGGCUGAAGCUGUGAAGGCUAUACUUCAUGGCAAGGAGAACCUCGUAGAAGACAAAGUCAGCCUCCUGAACUGUAAUUGGAUAGCAGUGACCUCAAGGGCUGAGGAGUGGCUAAACGUGUUGUUGGAUUAUCAGAAGCAGAUGGGAAUUUUUGAUCAGAACAUUGCCCAAAUCACCGCCUGGAUGUACCGCGCUGAGAUACUCUUGGACGAGUCAGAAAAGCAGGACGAUAGAGAGGAAGUGUUAAAGUGUUUGAAGGCUGAGUUGAGCGAUAUUGGUACGAAGGUGGAGGUAGUGCGUGACCAGGCGCAGGACCUCAUUAAGAACCGUGGCGAUCACUGCAGAGAAGUCAUAGAGCCCACGCUGACAGAGCUUAAUCAGCGGUUCGAGGCUUUAUCACACAGGAUAAAGACUGGGAAGGCCUCUGUUUCCUACAGAGAAGUGGAGCAAUAUCACGCAGAUGCACAGAAAUGGCUAGAACAGCUGGAGGCAGAGGUUAAGCAAGGAGAGAACCUGAAAGAAGAGGAUUUUCAGAAAGCUGCGGGAGAUUCAGAGGAAGGGGCAGUGAAAGAGCUUUUGCAGAAAGGAGAGAACCUACAGCAGCGAGUUCCAGAUGAGAAGAAACGAGAGGAGAUCAGAAUAAAACAACACCUGCUAAAUUCUAAAUAUAACACUGUCAAGGACCUGAGAUCUCUGAGGAAGAAAAAGGCUCUGCCAAUAUCACCCCAGUGGUACCAGUACAGGCGGCAGGCUGACAACCUACUGCAGUGGCUUGAUGACAUUGAGAAAAGGGUAGCCAGUCUACCAGACCCCAAAGAUGAACAAAAGACAAAGGAGAUUGAUGCUGAACUGGAGGAGAAGAGAGAAGACCUGAAUGCAGUCAACAGGCAGGCUCAAAGCUUGUCAAGGGAUGGGGCUGCAAAGGCAGUGGAGCCGAGCUUGAUCCAGCUCAACAAACGCUGGCAAGAAAUAGAGAGCAAAUUUGCUCAGUUCCGACGACUGAACUUUUCACAAAUUCAAACGGUUUUCGAAGAGACGACUGUUGUGACGACUGAAAGGGUGACUGAGGAGACCUCUCAUAUAUCAUCUGAGUACCUAGCAGAGAUACGCUGGCUGCUCCACUCCAUAGCUGAGGUGGAAUUUCUCCUCAACUCUCCUGAGUACUGGGCUGGAAACUUCCACAACUUCUCAAAUCAAGAAGACUGUCUGAAGAAUGUGAAAUACAACCUGGGGCAGCUGUCCAGUCGGGUGGAGGGUGUCCACAGUAAGAAAGCAGCAGGCCUUCAGAGUGCCUCACCCGUGGAAACCGAGCAGAUCCAAGAGGCCCUGAGUCAGCUGGAUGUAAACUGGGAAAAACUUAACAAGUUGUACAAGGACCGUCAUGCGAGGUUUGACAAAUCUGUGGAGAAGUGGCAUCGAUUCCACAGCUAUUUAAAAAGCCUUGUCCAGUGGCUGACUGAAGCUGAAUGUGUUCUGGCUAAGAUGAAGACUGACUCUGGGUGCCUUGACCAAACCAAAGCCAAAGAACAAUUUAAGUCUAUUGGCCACUUGGAUGUUUGA